UCUCUCUCUCUCUCUAUACAGGGAAGACGCAUCCUGUAAUCAGGUCACACUUCACUGUAGUCUCAGCAUCCGUCUCUCGCCCGUUAAAGCAGAGCAAUCGAGACAUCAGACAAGCGGAAUAAUGGUGUGGAUGAAUGUUCUGGGACGUCUUCUCGUCCCGUUGCUGACGCUUGUACGGUUUUCCGUGCAGGUGGACGUUAAGAGCGGGAAAGAAGCGGAGAAAACGGGGAAUUUCAUGGAAGAUGAACAGUGGCUGUCCACCAUUUCCCAGUACAGCCGCAAGAUCAAGCACUGGAACCGCUUCAGAGAUGAAGUGGAGGACGAUUACAUCAGAUCAUGGGAUGAAAGUCAAGGCUCGAAUGAAAAUGUUGACACCACUAAGGAUCCUUGCCAGAAGGUCAAAUGCAGCCGACAUAAGGUGUGUGUCGCACAGGGCUACCAGCGUGCUGUGUGCGUCAACCGCAAAAAGCUGGAGCACAGGUUGAAGCAGCAGGUCAUUAGACAGCAGCAGGAGAGUAACUGUAAAUCUUGCCCAGGAUCUUCCUCUGGUCCCGUUUGUGGCUCUGAUGGACACAACUACGCCUCUCAGUGCAAACUGGAGCAGCAGGCUUGUCUCACAGGGAAGGAAUUGAACGUAAGAUGUACUGGUCUCUGCCCCUGUACCGCCACCGCGGCUCCUGCUACAGACAUGGACAGCAAACACGAGAGUUGCACAGGGCAGGACCUGGCAGAUCUGGGAGAUCGCCUGCGGGACUGGUUCCAACUGCUCCAAGGCAACGGCAAGCAGAACAGCACCGGGAAUCCUGUAGCCAGUUCUGCAUCAAUUGUAGACCGAACUCUUGUUGCGACCUGUAAGGAUUCUAUUGGCUGGAUGUUCUCUAAGCUGGACACAAACAGUGACCUGUAUCUGGAUCAAGCUGAGCUGUCCGCCAUUAAUCUGGACAAGUAUGAAGUGUGCAUACGGCCCUUCUUCAACUCCUGUGACUCCUACCGUGAUGGCAAAGUCUCCACAGCUGAGUGGUGCCUCUGCUUUUGGAGAGAAAAGCCUCCCUGCCUGGCUGAGCUAGAGCGAAUCCAAGUGCAAGAAGGAGCCAAGAAGAAUCCAGAUACAUACAUUCCCAGCUGUGAUGAGGACGGCUUUUACAGGAGACUGCAGUGUGACAAGAGCAGAGGGGAGUGCUGGUGUGUGGACCAGCAUGGAGGAGAGUUAAUGGGCUCCAGAAUCCAUGGCAACCCCGACUGUGAAGAGGUGGUGACGUACUCGGGAGAUUUUGGCAGCGGGCUCGGAUGGGAAGAUGAGGAAGAAAAGGAGGCGGAGGAGAACGGCGAGGAGGCUGAGGAGGAGGAAGGGGAGGUGGGGGAGGUAGAUGACGGUGGAUACAUUUGGUAAAACGAAACGUGAUUCUCACCUUGUUCGACGUAGCUUUCUGUGGCCCAUUUCUACAGAGGCAGCUCUAUCUUCUGACAUUAAACGGUGGACACUGGAGGGUCUAUCAUCUUUAUACUACACUCCAAACAGCAUUGACUUAGGGAGGGUGGGGGGGAGGGUGGCUUGGCUAGUGUUAGCUGUAGUGAGAUUAUGGUAUUGGGAAAGAGUUUUCGAUUAUUGGGCUUAUGGAUACUUG